GUGCGGGGUUGGAGAGACGAUAACUAGAGCUUUAUCGCCGACAUGUUCAUUCUUACCCACGCACCACAAGCAUUUGCUCGCUAUUGCUAUCUAAAAAGCUAACCCACGGUUGCAGCACCAGCACUGCAUGUGCAUGUACAGCUAAUAUUAACUCGGUGUAACUGUUAAGGGUUCUGAUUCCGAUUCUGAUCCUGUCAAGCUAAGCACGAUGCCACCCAAGCAGAAGCAGCGGACGUUCCUAACCAACGCACAGAAGCUGCAGCUGAAGCAGUUCUGGAACGAGCACCCUGACUUACAGCUGCUGGCGGUUGUGGAUUGGGUGCGCGAGCGCUUUGGAGUGUCCGUGGGUCGAGCGACGCUCUACCGCAUUUACCACGCACCAGUCGAGACCUUCGCGGGCAACGCGCAGAAAAAGAAGGGUAGACGCGUCAAGUUCCCGGGGCUAGAGAAGGACAUCCUGGCCUUCUAUGAGGAGAACCGGCGACUUGGCGACAGCAGCGGUUUGGCUCUCUCGGACGAAGCGCUGUUGCGAGCCGCCGCGGAGCUCCGGGCGCGCCAUGGCAUUUCAGAGACAGAGCUCAAGCUGAGCAACGGAUGGCUCCACCGCUUCAAAGAGAGACACGCAUUGCGUAUCAUUCCACAAGCAACGGGAAAGCAGGCGGCGACGGAUGUCACUCAAACUACAAGUGCUGUAAUGAAGGAGCCUACGCAAGAUGCUGCGGUAAAGCCAAAGCGAAAGCCAAGGGCCCCACCACGUAGAAAACCCACCAACCAACCAAGUGCGCAGAUUUUACAAGCAGAAUGCGGCGUCGUUGAAAGUAUUGAGGCAUCGGAGGAGGCAGUCACGAUGGGUAUUACUGAUACAACAGUCAGCAUGCAGCAGUCUUUGGCCUCUUGUGGCAAUGCCUCGAAUGCGUUAGAAGACGCAGCAGUAAUUGCUACAGUUAGUGCCCCAACUGCUGCUGCUGUACAACCACUGAAAUAUCUUUCAGCUGUUGCAGCUGAUUCAGUGACGUCCGUGGGGUUUGUGAGGUGGAAGAAGCAUGGAGGAAUGGGAUACGAGAACAUUUUUUCUGUGGUCAACGACAUUGUAUCCAUUUUACGCAACGUUAGUUGCCAGAUCAACGUAGAGCUUCAACACACUUCGUUGCCACCAGGAACCUCAGUUAUUUUCAAAGUGUGGGCUGGAGUGGAGUUGUUGGGCCAGUGUGAGCAUUCCGUCCGAAAUGAGAAUGGUCGAUCGUUAAGUGUGCUGCAGCUGAAGUGCACAUUGCCAGCACAAACAGUAAUUCGGGUUGAGUACCAUGCACCCGGUGUAGCUUAUAACGAUAGUCGACUGGUGCUGCGUCUACUGGGUUCUUUCGAGUAAUGGAGCCCAUUAGCAGCCAAAUCAAGUCUCCCAUAAUAAAUGACUUCAACUCCAUUACGCUCCUGACUAUAGUAAUCUCCGCCGCAGCACGAGACUGGUGUCGGUGAAUGCGUAUCCCGGCGCAAGGAACUCCACUUUCAGCACUGCUUGGGCACUCAUGAGUAAGUUGGUGUCCACCCAGGUACUACUAGCAACGUCAUUUUGCACGGAUGUGACCGACUCACACUGCCCCACAACACGAUUGCCACUAUAAACCUUGAAAAUGAAUGCGACCAGCGCUCCAGUCAUUGACGCAGUGUGUUUCACCUGCACGCUAAGCUGGUACAACCCCGAUUGCUGUAGCAGUAUUCCAUCCGCGACGAGAACAACUUGAUCCUGUUGUAUUUCACCUACAGGCUCCCAAUUGAGGAACUCAGGUGCUUGCACCAUUGUGAGAGCUCGUGCCGACAAGAUUACAGGGCCCCUAUCCUCAUCACUCGGAGGUGCAUCUAUGCCAUGUAGUAGCUCCAAUUCAACUGGUCUAUCGUCACGAACCCCACUGUCGUCCUGCCGUCCGGGCUGCGGUGGAGUACCCGUGAGCUGGUGCCUAAUCUUGAACCGAUAGAGCCAUCCAUUCGAGAGCUUGAGCUCAGAUUCAUUGAUGCCACAAGCGGCGCGACAUUCGGCCGCUUGGCGCAGUAGCAGGUCGUCAGACACGUCCUCUCUCCGUGCACGCCUGUCCUCGUAAAAAUCAAGUAGGCGACGCUCGAAAUCCGGGAAUUUGACGCGCCGCUGCUUCUUACGACCGAGAUUCCCAGUUGUGAAGGACCCCUCAGGAGCAUGUUGAAUGCGGUAGAGCGUCGUACGCCCCAGACGCACAUGGAACUGCUCACGUACCCAAUCAGCCACAGCGAAUUGCGGUAGUCCAGGAUUGGUCACCAGGAAGGCGCGUAGCUUGGCCUUCUGCUGCAGCGUCAAGUGCGUCCGGGUGUCCUUUCGCGCCAUGCUCGAGAUAGUUUAAUGAGUAAAUAUUACAAAAAAAGAGAACAAAUCUACAAGAAAAUGGAAGUAAAUCACAAUAUAAAUCCGUCAAACAAUUUGAUUUUAGCCAA